AUCGUUAACGAUAUCAAUUACUAUGUGAUUGUUAUGAAGUUAAUUGCUACGUGAUUGUUGGUUGUAUUAUUACCUAAUCGUUUUACAAAUAACAGUAAUCUAUAUUCACCUUAUUCAGUAAUCAGUAAUCUAUAUUCACCUUAUUUUCCUUGAUGAGUUUGAAAGAUAUGAAACGUAGGAGAAUGAAAAAUGAGGUUGUCUAAACAAUUGUAAAAAGUUUCUUGAGCAAGCCAUCUCAAUUUUUAAUAAUAAUAAUAUUUUCGAUUAUGAGAACAUUUUUGCUACGAUUGAAAAAUUAAUCUCAAGAUGCAUUUUACUACGUUUACAAAAACUCAACCAAGAUUGUUGGAGAAAAAAAAUGUAAGCUUUUUAAAAGUGUGCUAUUUUCGAAAUGUAAAACUUAACUUUAAAUCGUAAAGGACUUAAAUAGAAAUACGUAGGAAUUGGUUUAUUUUUUUUUGAAAUCGUAAAUACUUGAUAAGAAUUGGUAGUAGUACUGAUGACACUAAUUUUUUUUUUUUGAGCGUUUUUCAUUCUGAUUCUAUUACUAAUUCUUACAAUUGCACGCUAGAGUUUGGAAGUUGUGUAGACCUUGGGGAGCAACCCGACAUAUGUGAUUUAGCACCGAGGUCACGUCGAAUUUUGCAUUCAAGGCCGUGGUUUGACACGACACAACAAUGAUGAGCAACCUGGCAUAUGUUAUUUAGAACUGAGGUCGCGCCGAAUUUUGCUUUCAAGGCCGUGGUUUGACACGACACAACAACUAUGAUCAAUGUUUGUUUUUCCAACAAUUUGAAAGCAAAAUUGUAAUCAAUUUUUUUUGCACCGAGAGGUUGGGAGUCACACUGGCAAAUCAUCAUCCACUCUCGUAAAUCACAAUCUUCUGAACCAUGUCUGCGGAUCUCCUAUGCUUGAUCGUGGCCGUCGACGGCAACGAGAGAGCACGGACACUUUACGGUGGGCAUUUCAAAAUCUCAAGCUCCACUCAUCGGGAUCGGAUUCCACCGACGGAACUUUUGUUGUGCUUCAUGUUCAGCCUCCUCCUUCGAUCGUCGCUGGUCUCAGUCCUGCUCCAAUCCCCUUUGGUGGUCCUAGCGAUCUAGAGGUUCUUGCUUUCCUUGAGUCGCAUCAGAGAGGCGGAUUACAACUGCGAUACUGGAACAUGCUUCAUGGAUUUGCUUCAAGUACCAAAUUGAAUUUCGUAGGGUCGAUUUUAAAGUUGAAAUUGCCAGUCCCUUCUCCGGCUUCGAAGAAAUUGAAAUGGAAGUACCUUGUGCUUCCUCGUGUAUAAAAAUCUGCAUUGACGGUGGAACCACCUAAGAUCGUAGCUCUCACAUUGAUAACUCCAUCCGUCAAAGUGAAGGCCUAAAAAGCCGACAUUGGACAAUUGUCGGCCAGGCCAAUAUGCAAAUUUCGAAGGAAAAACACAUUCGCAUUUGUGACAAUGUUGCCAACGGAAAUGAAUGGAAACAAAAUUUUGAGGCUGAAGAGAACAAGGAAGAGAAAGAGCUUAAAUGUCCCAACCAAUGUCAUUGAUCUGUAGAAAAGAAAAAGGCAGUCUCACUAACAACGGGUUUUUGGAUUGCUCUCUUGGUACGUAUAUUUAUUGCUUUAGUAGCAUAAUUUUUAUUGAUGCAUGAAUGGUUUAUUAGGGAAAUAAUCUAA